CCAAAAAUUCGAAAGAGAAUUAAAUAUCACGAUAACACGAAAAACAAAUACGAGGAUCGUGUUUCAACUCCCUCGGGGUCCCCCACUCUGUCAGAAUAAUCCGAUAGUAAACUCUAGAGUAAUAGAUCGCUAUAAAUUUACCUAUAGUUGACCGAAAUAAAACUAUGUCAUCGUUAUCUUCGCCACAGCUGUUAUCAGCUGCUAAUUCAAUAUCGCUCAUAUGUAUGCUAUUGUACUCAUGAUACCACUCAACGCCUCUUUUAUUGUGCCUGCUACCAUUUUAAACAUAACAAGUCAUUCGUAUCCCGUCGCCGUACCAAAAUGACCUGGGAACGCCCCACCACCAUUCCAUACCCCAUGGUAUGGCACGAAUUCCAAGGUCCUGAUUUGGGCAAUACGGACAAUCUGGUCACCUACCGGGUGCAGGACCUAACGCCGAAUCGGUUUGAUGACAUGGUGCAGCAUUUUCUUGACCACUAUCUGGACGAAGAACCGGAAUGCGUUGCUAAAGGAAUUUCCGGAGAUGCCCUAGCCAAGCGGGAGAUUAUCGAGUAUUGGCGUUGGUGUUUCGGUCGCAGGUUGACACUGGUUUGCUACAAGGACGGAUCGCGUGAAAUUGUUGGCGGUAAUUUGCUGAACGUGAGGACAGCGGCAAGGGAAGAUGUGCGAAAGGUGGAAAGUGAAAAGUUGAACGGAAUUUUCACCAGCAAUGAAUAUUUGACGGAUACUUUCGAUGUUUUUGGCCACUACGGCGUCGACAAGUAUUGCACUGCGUACGGAAUGGCAGUGCGACGGGAAUACCGCGGAAUGGGGAUCUGUCGUGAAAUGUUGCUGGCACGAAUUCCGAUGUGUAAAGCAUUCGGGCUGGCGCUUACUUCAACGAAUUUCACCAGUGCCGGAGCACAGGCUGCCGCCGCCAAGGCUGGCUUCCGGAAUGAUUUUGAGAUAUCGUAUGAUGACUUAGCUAAACUAGGUUAUACGUUUCCAAACAUCACUUCGAGAAGUACGAAAGUUAUGAGUUUAAUCAUCAAAUAAAUUCACAUGCCCGUC